CCCAUAUUAAGGUUUACUUUAAUGAUCUGCAGAAGACAGUACAAGCUAGUUUUAUGUAUUACACACAUAUUGGGCUUAUAUAAAAUACACAUAUUUAAUAUAGAUUAGGCUAUAUACAUAUUAAGAACUCCACACAUUUUGUUUUUUUCAGUGUGAAAGUUAAGAACACUAUGCAUUAGCCUAGAUCAAUACAUUUCACUCAAAACAGACAUGAUGGAGAAAUGCUUUCCAAAAAUAGUCUCAUUUGCUUUUUUCCCCUCUGUCAGAUGAGACAUCUUUUCCCGGGAAGCGUGUGCUCUUACUGGGUAACGCACAGCCAGACAGUACAGUUCAGUUCAUCUGAGAGUAGUACAAGCAUCUCUCUUUUUACGUACAUAGCCAGUCACUGACGUACUCAAUCCUCAGCAGACCUGCAUCGCAGCGUCAUCACUGAUACCCACCAAAAUCUAGAGCAGAACUGAGGCUCUGCUGUUUCCACAUGAACAUACUGACACAGUUUCGCUGGCAUUCUUCUAUUCUGGGCUCAAAUGCUUAAUUUAUACACUCCGAUACCCUCCUACUAGCGAGCGACGCCGACGCGUCAAACUACAACGCUCGCACUAUAAUCUAACUUUAUCGUGCGCAUGCAGUUUUUGCAGUUCAUUCAUCAUAUCGGGAGCGUCUUUCGUCGCGUCGCUCGCUUGCAGUGUAGGAGGGGUAUUGUACAUUACACUGUGAAGGAGGAGUGUGAGGAAAAGGCAAUGACCGGAAAGAAUCUUCCAGUGGAAGGCAAACACAAGGCAAACGCACACACAUAAUUGCCUAUAUUCGGAACGCUAGAGGCAGUCGCGUAACACAAGACGCAUUCAGACUCUGUAAAUACAGAGCACCGGUUGCGUUACAUAACGAGGAUGCUCCGCAAACUUUUUUUUUUUUUAUAGUCUCACAGUUAAAUGAUUCGCCAUGCACCUAAUGCGUCAAUAUAACGAGGUCAGCAGAAUUAAGUAAUAUAUUAGGAAUACAUAUUAAGUCACGCGCAUUGCGUAUGAAUUUUAUGAUGCGUCAGAGCAGAGAUGAUGCUUAUAGGCUAUUGACGUUAUCUGGGUUGAUCUUUCAAUAAUAACAUUUACAAAACAAUACUCACAGUAUUAUAGCCUACUUAAAAUAAUACUACUAAUAUAAAUGAGUAGUUUAAGUUACAUUUGCAAAUGGCUUUAAAAUGUAAAAAAAAAAAAAAAAAAAAAAAGCAGGAUAUUUGCUAGUCAUCCUCAUCCGAAAUACACACAUAGCCUAAGAACAUUUGCAGAUCAUUUAACAGUAUAAAUACAUAGCAAACGACAAAUGAACUUAAAAAUAAUGGUGAAUUGCGACAUUCUGCGAUAGGUAGCCUAUGUGAGCUAAAACGCAUUCGAAGCUUCAGAUGUUUGACUUUACAAAAUCAUAAGCGAAAUGAACACAAAACGAUAUAAAUAAAGAACAAAUUACAAAAUGCAGAAGAAGUUGCGCCCCUAUCAGUACUUACUGGUUGUUUUAACCACCCCCGCUGUUGCCUAAAACGACCCAAGAAUAUUUAAACCAUAGAUUAUUCACAGUCAUUUUAUUCCGUAUUUGAGUAAAAUGUAAAACCGUAAAACUGAGCUGCUAUCCGAGCAGCACGCACAGUGGGUGCGCACCGAUCCUCUGACAAUUCUCUCGUAGCUUGAGACGUUCCAGUGGGGGCGGAACGGCGAAUAGGAGUAGAACGUGAUUGGUUCGCAUCAACUGUCAAUCAGACAUUUCCACCAAUGAGCCCAAUGAGCUGUUAAAAAGGGCGGAUUCACAGAGGUACGCCUUCCCCAGAAGGUUGCACCGCCUCGUUUCUGUGUGUGUGUGCGUAUUUUUUUCUUUCUAUUUUUUUUUUUUUUGUAACCAAAGCUUGGAUGUGUAGGACGUCACAUGUUGUUUUUCCUCUUCACUCCAGUCACUUAGCGAUAUGUGUUAUUUACUGUUAAACCGCUCCACGCAGCGAACGCACACUCCGAGCCGGGUCCAUAAGAGAGUCUGACAGGAUUUUAACUGACUGACAGCACAAGUUAAGGAAAAGUGAGAGUUUUUCUUCACAGCAUAUAUGAGAAUGGCGAGUCCGCCGCCGACGGGAGGACAGCUGAUUUCAAAUAUGACCGUAAAGAACAACAACCACGUUAAGAAAUGCGGCUAUCUGAGGAAACAGAAGCACGGACACAAGCGGUUUUUUGUGCUGAGGGAGCCGAGCGAGGGCUCCCGAGCCCGGUUGGAGUAUUACGAGAGCGAGAAGAAAUGGAAAAACAAGUCGACUGCUAAACGGGUUAUACCUUUGGACUCGUGCCUGAACAUCAACAAGAGAGCCGAUGCCAAACACAAACACCUUAUCGCCCUUUACACCAAGGACGAGUAUUUUGCUGUGGCUGCCGAAAACGAGCAGGAACAGGAGGACUGGUACACGGUCUUAACGGAUUUAAUGAACGAGGGGAAAGUGAGCGACGGCUCCGCGAAUAAUUCGGCGUCAUCCCUCGUCGGUUUUGAUGAGGCGAGCUACGGCGUGAUAACGCCCGUCUCCGCCACUUACAAGGAGGUUUGGCAGGUCAAUCUGAAAUCAAAAGGACUCGGACAGAGCAGGAAUUUAACGGGCGUUUACAGACUGUGUUUAUCCAGCCGAACUAUCAGCUUCGUCAAACUCAACACGGAGGCGGCGUCGGUGAUUUUACAGCUGAUGAAUAUCCGCCGAUGCGGACACUCAGACAGCUUCUUCUUCAUCGAGGUUGGCCGGUCCGCUUCCAUCGGACCCGGCGAGUUGUGGAUGCAGGCGGAUGACUCGGUGGUGGCACAAAACAUUCACGAGACUAUUUUGGAGGCGAUGAAAGCCAUGAAAGAGAUGUCAGAGUUCCGCCCGCGCAGCAAAAGCCAGUCCUCAGGUAGCAACCCCAUCUCUGUGCCCACCAGGCGGCACUUUAACAACCUCCCGCCGAGUCAAACCGGGCUGCAGCGGCGCUCGCGCACCGACAGCGUGGCAGCGACCUCUCCCGUGACGAAACUGACGUCUUGUAGGAUUCGCACGGCAAGUGAGGGCGACGGCAGCCCCAUCAGCCCAGGUGUGAACAGGACGCACCUGAGCCGCUCCAACACAGUGACAGCUCGCCCAUGCAGAACAUUUGAGGCGUCAUCCCUGCAGCAUAGUAAAUCCAUGUGCAUGCCUGUGUCUCACUCCCCUCCCUCGGCUGCCAGCCCUGUCAGCAUGUCCUGUGGCAAUAACAUAGAAGGCGGCCCUCGCCCCUCCAGCUGCACUGCUUCCAUUUCGGGCUCCCCCAGCGAUGCCGGCUUCAUCUCCUGCGAUGAGUGCAGCUCCAGCCCGGGUGAUAUACGGCAUCUUUUAGCAGCGAACCGAAGCAACACACCCGAGUCGCUCACUGACACCCCCCCAAGCGACCUGUACGGAUACAUGAUCAUGGAGAGGCCCAAUAGCUGUGGACGGAGAAGCGUCCGGGCAGCAGUUGAGGAAAGCAGAGGAGAUCUGGAGAAUGCCUACAGAAAGAGGACGCACUCCCUCACCAUGCCUUACCAGAAGAGGGUGCCAUCACAAGUGUCCUCAGCUUCACUGGACGAGUACACGCUCAUGAGAGCUACUUACACAACUGGAGGCCAUUCGGGGCGCAGCUCUCACACCGCAUCCCCAAAAGUCACAUACCCCGAGGAUUACGGGGACAUCGAAAUCGGAUCACUACUGAAAAGUUCCAGCAGUAAUCUGGGCGACGAUGGCUACAUGCCAAUGACGCCAGGUGUGGCCCCUCAAGGGGGGAAGGCUGACAACUACAUGCCUAUGAGCCCAAUGUGCGUUUCUGCUCCAAAGCAGAUAAUCAACCCCAGGACGCACCCCCUCACUAUAGCUAAUGGUUACAGAACCAAUUCCCCCAACAGCUGUUCUCUGGAUGACAGUGGCUACAUGAGGAUGCUGUGCGGCUCUAAGUUCUCUGUAGACAGCUCAGAUGGGAAACCGACGAACGGUGAGUACCUCAACAUGUCACCUGCAGAUUCAGUCACGCCACCAGACUACUACCUGAGCCCUGUGGGUAUGGAGCAGUCUCCCUGUCUCCGACAGCUUCACUUGUUUAACUCUUUGCCCCGCUGUCAUAAACCCCAGCAGAUGCUAAAGGAUGCAGACAAUGAUCAGUAUGUUGUCAUGAACCCUCAAAAUCACAGGAUAAUAGAGGAGUCCAUGAACACAGCAUCCCCAUAUCCUCUAAGACAAAGCCGCACAGACAGCCUCAUCCUCCGGCACAGGAUCAGCCGGCCAACCCGCCUCUCCCUGGACACAUUUCGGACAUUACCUAGCAUGAAUGAGCAUCCCCUCCCCUCCGAGCCGAAAAGCCCUGGUGAGUACAUAAACAUAGACUUUGGAUGUGUUGCUGAAAGUUGCACUCCGCCCUCCACUGCUUCCUCCGAGAGCCCAGCCUCAUCCCUCGGAUCGUCCGCCGAUCACAGGACGUCCCCCAUCUCUGAUUACAUGAACAUUGAUGUGAGUUUGCAGUCACCCAAAUCUGGAAACGCUGCUCCAUCUGAUCGUUUGGAGCCCCUUCCGGAGCUCACAUCCUGCCCCGCCCACCCUGAGGAAAAGGAGGAAGAAGAGAGGUACCACCUCACUGCACAGGUGGCACCGGUGGGCCCGGUCGACAAAGCUAAAGACGAUUACACAGAGAUGACGUUCGGCGUGCCCGCUUCCCCUCCGCAGCCUGUCUUGCAGCCCUCAGAAGGUGGGCAGACCAUCAGCCCAUCCUCCUGCAUGCAGAGGCUGACGGUGGAAGAGGCUGUGGUAGUGCCUACCGUUGAGGCUUUUCUGCUGCGGAGCACCACUCUGGCCUUGGUGGACCCUGACCGGGGGGCCAAGGUGAUUCGUGCUGACCCCCAGGGACGCAGGCGGCACAGUUCUGAGACAUUUUCCUCAACCACCACCGUAACACCAGUUUUUCCCUCAUUCGCACACGACGCCAGGCGGCACGGUUCGGCCUCUGUGGAGAAUGUUUCUGUUUCUGUGAGGAACAGCGACGGAUCGGAUGAAGAGUAUAACAGUCCCAUGUGCAGAGAGACGUCGGCUGGCUUUCAGAAUGGACUUAACUACAUUGCCUUAAACUUGAUGGAUGGAGGACUCGCCAGCUGUGAUUCUCUUGUCCGGUUCAAAGCUGCCAGCUGCUGUAAAGAGGGCAUCAAUGGAAUACAUGCCAGUCCGUAUGCCAGCCUUGGGUUCAAGGAGACGGCAACAACAGUAAAAGACUAAACAGAGCCAGUCUCCCCAUUAAAGCUCCUUCAUCUCCCAUCCAUCGAGAGGAGGAGAGGAGGCGCUCCUGUGGACAGAUGGACCACGUUGCUGCUGCUGCUGCUUCUUCAGCUCUUUGUUGAUCCUUGACCUCCUGAAUCCAUUCAAAUGGCCGUCGUCACAGCAACACGGACACUUGACCCCAGCGCGAGGCAUGACGAUGACUCAAAGACACAGAGGCGGGACUUCCUGUCCAUCUGUUACUCACUAAAAUCCCUUCCCUCAGUUUUUGUGUUAUGGACCUUUUUCACUGGUUUUGUAAUGAGUUCUGGACUUCGAGUGGCCAGUGUCCCUCAAACCCCCCCCCCAAACCCUGUGAACCAAACACGAGGAAAGACAUCUAACCUGCACACGCACGCAUACCUGUGUCGCACAAGUCGCUUAUUUAUUCGCGGCAGUGGCGUGUAUGCGUGCAUGUGUUCGCAACACUGCACAGAGGUGGCAUUUCAGAAAUUUACUCAACAAUUGGAAAUCGGAAAAAGCAGUCACUUGAAAACCCUACCUCAGAACGAGCCAGGUUAUGACUUACAAAAAGAAUAUAUAUUGAGAAAUUAAUUUAUUUUUACAAGUGAAUGUUUUCUUAAAAAACAAAACAAACAAACAAAAAAAAAAACCACCAAUCCAAAGCCUUACUGACUGUACUGUCAAACAGUGUUAUCUGGAGGACCUGCAUACACUCACGAGAGUAUCAAAGAUUACUGUUUGCCAUGGUAAUUGAAUGUCUUGUACUGCAGCGGAGGAAGGCCUUGCGCUGCAAUCAAAGAUCUAUUAAUGUUGUUUUGCAUUCUACACAGAUAUUUAAAGGAUUUUAAUAUAAUACUAUUUAUCGGAGCUGGUUAAGGACCGGACGGGUGGCCGCCUGCCCGCCACCCCGCACAUAUGCAAAGUAGACUUCCAGAGCAGAGGAGUUAUCAGUUUUGGAACGAAGCCACAUUGCGAUUAACACACAACCCUUACGGUACGCUAGAUGAAUGAUGUCGUGCGCCUCAGGUCAGAGAGAGGAGCACCUCACCUCAAGCCUAGGCACGCUAGCACACUUUAACUCACUGUCUUUAACAACCCAGAAGCCUCUGCUGACGUGCCCUCUCUCACUGCUCUGAACACACAGGCUUCCCUUGGCCUUACACCCGCAGCCGUCGGCUCAAGAGAGAGUGAUAGAUUCAGGGACGUCUCAGAAGGCCUGACACCAUUAAUGCUGCUCCCUACCGUCAGACAGGGAUAGACUCGUCAGAACCAAUGCUUUGUCUUGCACUUACAAACUCCUUGGAUUGUAACACAAGACACUUUUGAAUGUAGAGUAUUCUGGAGAUCUCCCUGCAGGAGACCAAACACACGGCCUAAACAUCCACCAACAGAGGCAGAGUCGUACGCAAGCAAGCGAAACAAAGUACAACAUACACACACACAACUUGACUUAAGUAUAUGAAAAUGUUUGCCUAGAAAGCUGUACAUAGUGUAUAAAGAGAUUGCAACUGACGUUUUUAAGUUAAAGAUGAUAACUUAUGUCUUUUUGUAUAUAGAUAUAUAUAUGGUACGUGUUUGAAUGAAUUUCCCCCAAACAACUAAAGCACUAAUGAAGGUACAUGCCAAAGGCUGAACUUUGGCCUGGCGCGUUUCUUUUCUAAUUCUUCAGUACGUUUGUAAAAGUAUGUACACUGUAUGAUAAAUGCCACUUCGAGGAUAUUUGAUAAUGCUAUGAUAUAAAAAUAUAUAAAAUUCAGUGAAUAAUACUUGAUAUUACAAAAAUAGGUACAAAUUCACAAACGGCAUAUGCAAUAUUUACAUUUUUUUUAAAAGAUUAGUUUACAGAAAGGAACCAAAUGUAUAAAUACUGUUAAUAUAUUUAAAACCAUAAGAGAAUUUUUUGCUGUACACCUUUUUUUUUCUGACAACUUUUAAAUGGAAAAGUGUUCUUUUUUUUUUUUCUUGUUCUGUUUUGCUGUUGAAUCCUAACAGUAAUUUCAGCAGUGUUCUUAUGCGAAUGCUGUUUCUCAGUAUGGGAAGCUUGAAUAUUUCAAUGCCUGAGCGAGUGUUUUUUUUUUUUUUUCCUGUGUCUUCCAUUGUAUAUACUUCAUAUUCUUUGCAUUGUGAUGCUACUUAGAAAUGAUAAUUUAAACUUAGUGUAAUUAGCAUUGCUUUAGAAUUGUAUUGAUUCUGAAUAGCCACAUGCAAUAAAAAAGUAACAUUAUUUAAGAAGCUCAGCGUCUCUGCUCAUG